AACUAUAAAACCAUAAUGCCGGACCGUUGACAUCAAUCAACAUUCGAUUCUUAAACAACACAUAUCAAAAUGUUCAGCAAAAUUGUAGCAUUCAGCGCCCUCUUGGCUGCGGCCAACGCCGGUCUCUACGGCCACGGUCACGCCGUGUCGUCCCAGAGCAUCGUCCGUCAUGACGAGGGCCACUAUGCUCCGCUAGCGCACGCCGCCCCCGUGCACUAUGCCGCCCCCGUCCACUACGCCGCCCCCGUCGCCCACUACGCCGCCCCCGUCGUCCACGCCGCCCCCGUCGCCCACUACGCCGCUCCCGUUGCUCACUACGACGGUCAUGAUGAGCAUGCUCACCCCAAAUACGACUUCGCCUACUCCGUGGCCGACCCCCACACCGGAGACCACAAGUCGCAGCACGAGUCCCGCGAUGGUGACUCUGUGCACGGCUAUUACUCCCUCGUGCAGCCUGAUGGCUCCGUGCGCAAGGUCGAGUACACCGCUGAUGCCCACAACGGUUUCAACGCCGUGGUCCACAACUCCGCCCCGGCUGUGCACGCCGCCCCCUAUCAAUCAACAGUCAAAGUUGACCAGAGCAAAAUGUUCAGCAAAAUCGCAGCAUUCGGUGCCCUUUUGGCCGCAGCCACCGCUUACGACCUGGGUCACGCCGUGUCGUCCCAGAGCAUCGUGCGCCUUGACGAGGGCCACUACGCCCCUCUGGGGCAUCUCGCUGCCCCCGCGCACUAUGCCGCCCCUCUAGUUUACGCCGCUCCCGUCGCCCACUACGCCGCCCCCAUCACCCCUUACGCCGCCCCCAUUGCUUACGACGGGCACGACGAUGAUGGACAUUACGAUGAUGGGCACUACGAUGAGGGUUAUGGCCAUGAUGAGCAUGCCCACCCCAAAUACGACUUCGCGUACUCGGUGUCCGACCCCCACACCGGGGAUCACAAGUCGCAGCACGAGUCCCGCGACGGCGACGUCGUCCACGGCUUCUACUCGCUCGUGCAACCCGACGGCUCCGUGCGCAAGGUCGAGUACACCGCUGAUGAUCACAACGGUUUCAACGCGGUAGUCCACAACUCAGCUCCGUCCAUCCACCCCGAGCCGGUGCACCACGAACAACCCUCAUACCACGCCGCCCCUAUCGCCCACGCCUACGAAGCUGCCCCUAUUGCCCACGCAUACGCUGCUGCUCCCGUCGCCCACGCAUACGCCGCCGCCCCCGCCUACACUAGCGCCUCCAUUGGCCACCUCGGCGGUUACUCUGGAGGAUACGGAGGUCACGAGAGUCAUGAGGAUUAUUAUUCCCACCCGAAAUACCAGUACUCUUACUCCGUGGAAGACCCCCACACUGGCGACCACAAGUCCCAGCACGAGUCCCGCGACGGUGACGUGGUGAAGGGAGAAUACUCCCUGCUACAGCCUGAUGGCUCCUUCCGCAAGGUCUCCUACACCGCUGACGACCACAAUGGUUUCAACGCGGUGGUCCACAACUCUGGCCCCAGCCACCACGUCUACUCUUCCCAACACCACCACUAUUGAUCUCCCUACUAUAUACCUAAGCUUUCAGUACGGUCACGAGCAUUAAUAUGUAUACACUUUGGCACCAUGUCACAUUAACUUUUUUGACAAAUUGAACUGUAAGUCUCACUAAAUGUCAAAUAUGCUAGUGCGACAGAGUCCUAAAGUGGGUUCAUUAUAUAGCUCAUGACUGUACAUGUAACAUGUCUAUUUAUUUUCUGUGAUCUUGUGCUAUUGUUUUUUACAAAGUCAUUAAAAUUAGUACAAAAUUA